AUGACAGAGACGGCUCAUCGGCGCAUCCUGUCAGUCAGUUGCAACUUGUCGUUAGGUCAAGGUUUAAGUGUCUCACCUCCCGAAAGCUCCCUCCCUUCCCCGCUCCCCAUUCAAGAACUCGGCUGGGUGGACGGCCUUCAGCGAGGCGUGGAGAUCGUCGACUGUGGCCCGCUGCCUGCGGAGCCGGAGUGUCGUCGGUGGCUGCAGCGCGGGCGGAGCGCGUCGUCCGUGGACUGCUGCGCGUGGACAGCAGGGCAGAAGUAUCGUCGGUGGCAUGUUGCGCGCGGCUGGCGCGACCAGCGCCUGGAGUUGGACUGGAACGACGCUGCUGCCUGCCCGGACGACUGCCUGCAUCACGCGAUGAGCGUCAUGUUGGUUGCUGCAGGAUCGAGACAUCAUCUCACGCUGGAGAGCGUGGCCAAUACUUUGCGGGCGCCCAGCGUUUUGAACUCGCUUCCUGUGUACAAGGAUUUCCUCGCCAGACUCGUCCACAACGCUGCGGGACUGCUGGGCAAACAUGCGAGACUGGCCCUCGACCUCCAUGCGCGCGUAGUGGACGCCGAACUGGGCGGAAAUCGCCAUGUCCUCUCUCGCACGGUUAAGCUCCGGGACGAACGUCCUCACGGGAGGCAGUGUACGCACGUGUACCAGUUCUGGGUCGGCGUCGCCAAGGAGAAAGUCGAUGCUGGAUCUGGUGACUACGUUUUCGCUUAG